AUGAAAAAAAGCACAAUUAUAAUAUUGCUUGAAUGCUUCUUAAUAUUUCCUACUUUAUCACUAUUUUCAUUCAAUUGUUGUCCAGUCGUAAAAAUUCCUUCAUUAUUUUGUACGCCAUGUGAUAAUUCACCUGCACCAUCAAUAUCUUCCAUAAUUGCACCUCAGCCACCGCCACCUCCACUAACGAAUGUGCAACCAAUUUCUCAACAUUAUCCAAUUUAUACAUCGCCUACUGGUCAAGCUUAUCAGAUUGUUCCAGCAGCAAGUCAAUUUUCAUAUUCUCAAGAUCCAUCUCAACAACAAGGUCAUUUUGUAUAUCCACAACAGGGUCAUCCUGUAUAUCAACAAGAGGGUCACCCCGUAUAUCCUCAACAAGGUCUUCCAAUAUAUACACCUCAAGAGCAAUCCAUGCCAAAUUCUGUAUCACAAAUACGACAAGCUGCAUUUUCAUCACAGCAACAAGAAUUGCCUCAGACAACACAAGAUUUGCUUAAAGAAGUAAAAGAACCAUUUCAGGCAAAAGUAGAAGCACCCCAGCAGACCUUAUGCAAAACACAAGAACAACAAAUUACAGUACAAUUAGCAAAGAGUAAUGCAGAUUUUGGCAAUGAAAUUAUGGAUAAUAUAUUAUCCGAAAAAGUGUACGGAAAAAGUCAUGAAAGGGAAAUUUUGGUAAAAAUUGGCUUCGAUAAAUUUACACUCUAA